GAAUCAACGAGACUCAUCCGCAUAAUAAAAAAAGGGCCCGGUCGCAAUCAUCCCUUACCUAUAUCCCAUCUCGCAUUUCCAUUGUUUGCAAACCUCAAAUAUUCCAGUGACCAUGUCCCCAACCAUGGACGAUGAGAUGGUAGCCAGUGGACCCCACCAACCCUUCGUCCACAACAACAAGAGCAAAGCCAUGAAGAUUACCCUCUUGUUGCUAAACGGCACCAUGCUGGCAAUCGGCAACACCGGAGGCCCUUUGAUUCUCCGGCUCUAUUUCAUCCGUGGAGGUAACCGCAAAUGGUUAUCGAGCUGGCUGCAGACUGGGGGUUGGCCGCUCAUUCUAAUCCCUCUCUCCAUCUCUUAUGUCCAUCGCCGUCUGAAGAGUAAGGAUAACACUAGGGUCUUCUUCAUAACACCAUUCCUCUUCGCAUCUUGUGCUGUGUUAGGCGUCCUUACAGGCCUUGAUGACUACAUGUAUGCCUAUGGAUCGACAUACCUACCGGUGUCGACUUCAUCGAUCCUAAUCUCAUCUCAACUGGCCUUCAAUGCGGUUUUCGCGCUCCUUAUUGUUAAGCACAAGUUUACACCAUAUUCAAUCAAUGCAGUCAUUUUAUUGAUGGUGGGAGCAAUCAUUCUCGGGGUACAUUCGAACAGCGACCGCCCUGCGAAAGAGACGAAUCUUCACUACUACUUGGGAUUCUUCAUGACGCUUGGAGCGGCUGCCCUUUAUGGGGUCGUGUUGCCGUUGCUGGAGCUGACCUAUAUGAAGACCAAGCAGGCAAUAACAUAUGCUUUGGUGAUGGAGAUGCAGAUGGUGAUUUGCUUCUUUGCUACUGCUUUUUGUACUCUGGGAAUGCUGGCGAACAAGGACUUUAAGGCUAUUCCAAGAGAGGCACGAGUGUAUGGGCUUGGAGAGUCGAGAUAUUACAUGGUGUUAGUGGGAUGUGCGGUGUUUUGGCAGUUCUUCUUCUUAGGAAUGGUUGGCGUCAUUUCCUGUUCCUCGUCUCUGCAUGCUGGCGUGCUGAUUUCCGCUUUCAUUCCUGUCACAGAGAUAUUAGCUGUUUUCUUCUACGACGAGAAGUUCAAUGCUGACAAAGGACUAGCCCUCAGUCUCGCUCUUUGGGGUUUUGCCUCUUAUUUCUACGGAGAAUUCAAGAAAGACAAGAAAGAGAAGCUAGCAGCCCAGAUGGAGAUGCAUGACAAACAAGAUCCACAAGGGCAAGUCACAUAACACGUAGUAGUACGUGAAAUGCUGUGAUUCGUCUCCACGUGUUGGAUUUUUUCUACUCCUCAGUAUCUCCGGGUCUUUCGACCAGGCAUUUGGAUGUCUUAAUAUUUCAAUUACCAAGUACUGCAAUAUUCGGGUCCCUGCUCAUGACUCAGUAGUAGACUCGCAAGAGUUUCAACACAGAGAUCAUAGGUUCGAGUACCCAUUGUGAUGUGUAUGGGUGUGAGUGUAUUUGGGUGGGGAAAAAAAAAGAGUAGACAUAACAGCCUGGGUUCAUGGAAAGGAACCACUUUAUUGUGUUUGGGUGACUUAGGACUAGCUUUGAGAUUGUUGUAUGUGUGUGAAAGCAAUCAUGAAUUGGGAUGGAUUAGGACUAGUUUUGUGAUUGUUGUGUGUGUGUGUGAAAGCAAUCAUGAAUUGGGAUGAAUUAAUCUCCAUGGGAAACGAUGUAGUCCAACGGAGAGUUGUCUCCAUGGUCCCCGGGUAUCUUAAAUUCCAUGACCGCUUCAUCAGGUUUGGGUGAUUGUGGACUAGUCUUGUCGUUAUCUUGUACACGGAAACAAUCAUGCGUUGGUAUGGAUUAGUUUCCAUUACUGGCCAUAUCCUGUUGCCAUCGCCCUUUUUCAAUAGUAUCCAUAUCUUGCUGCCAUCGACCUUUUUCAAUAGUAUUCACAGGUACCUGUAUUGGCCUUGAUUGGAUAAUCUCAUUAUCGAAUCAUAUCAAGUCUCGUAACAGAGAGGCUCAUCAUACUUAAAUUGAAUUGACUUGAUAGUGCGCUAUAGCUAUGACUAAUUCUUCAACCUGAA